ACCCGUGGCCGGUACUACAAAACGGGGUUACUGGCUUAUCGGGGUAACUUGUAGGAUUUAGGGUAGCACAGUUCAAAUGGACUUCAUGUUCGUUCAUUUACAUUUUGCCCAGACUACCUUAAAUCUUACCUCGAUAAGCCAAUAACCCCGCUUCGCAAUACAGGCCACUGGGGAUUCGGCGGGACUGCCGGGUGUCGUAUCCCGUCAUGCACCGCGGACCCUCAGAUUUCUGGCAUGCGCAAAGCGGCGCUUCGGGAAUCUGCCGAACAAAGAUGGCCGCCUGUGCUAUGCGGCGGGGCUUAUGGUCCGCGGUCAGCGGGUACAGGAGAAGACAGGCGUUACGGGUGUUAAACGUCGAUUUCAACAGCAGACCCGAGUCGUAUAGGCAGCCGUCGCCGUGCUCUUCGUGCAGCCCUUUCGCUGUGGCCCAGGCGCGGCUCCUCUCAUCACGCAACAGACCCGAGGGCAAAGUGCUGGAGACGGUGGGAGUGUUUGAAGCACCAAAACAGCAUGGCAAAUAUGAGACAGGACAGCUUUUCCUGCACAGUGUUUUUGGUUACAGGGGAAUAGUUCUUUUUCCCUGGCACGCCCGCCUCUACGACCGUGAUGUCACGCCCCCCACCACCGAAAGCAAGUCAGAGCCUCCUGGCACUCAUGGGUCAAAGGAGGUGAAAGGGAAGACCCACACGUACUACCAAGUCCUCAUAGACACCCGGGAUUGUCCGCACAUUUCUCAGAGAUCACAGACGGAAGCGGUGACAUUUCUGGCGAAUCAUGACGACAGCAGAGCCCUUUAUGCAAUCCCGGGUCUGGACUAUGUGAGUCAUGAAGACAUCCUUCCCUAUAGCUCGACCGACCAGGUCCCCAUUCAGCACGAGCUGUUUGAACGUUUCCUCAUGUUCAACCCAUCCAAAGUUCCCCCCUUCGUCCCUCGUGACACACUGCGGGCCUGGCAGGAGAAGAACCACCCCUGGCUGGAACUGUCGGAUGUGCAUCGUGAAAGCACAGAGAACAUCCGGGUCACAGUCAUCCCCUUCUACAUGGGCAUGCGGGAAGCUCAGAAUUCCCACGUGUACUGGUGGCGCUACUGUAUUCGGCUGGAGAACAUGGGCAACGAGGUAGUGCAGCUACGGGAGAGGCACUGGAGGAUAUUCAGCCUGUCGGGAACGCUGGAGACGGUCCGAGGCCGGGGCGUAGUGGGCCGGGAGCCAGUGUUAUCCAAGGAACAGCCAGCGUUCCAGUACAGUAGCCAUGUCUCCCUGCAGGCGCCCAGUGGGCACAUGUGGGGUUCUUACCGCCUCGAGAGGCCCAACGGCACCUUCUUCGACGUCCGCAUCCCGCCUUUUUCGCUUGAAAGCAAGAAGGAUGAUACUCCCAACGGCUUCCUUCCAGGCCCCUUCUCUUCCCUUCCCUGAAAACCUGCCCCCUGCCACUACAUAUAAAUGACCCAAUCAGAUCUGUGAAUAAGGGAUAAUGAAUGAACCUACACCUCUGGCAAUAACAUAAGGGAAAAUGUUCGCACUGCCAGAAACCAUUAAUUCCUUCAAAAGGGAGAAAUUUUAUUUUAUCGCAGCCUUAUUUGACUGCCUUCAAAUCUGAAGUAUUUGAUUUUUGAACUGUGGAAUGUUUUGUCUGAUCAGAUUUAAGACUUUUAAUGGUGCUCUGCAUUGAUAAUCUUUACAUGCUGUGGCAGUGUCCAGCUCUCCAGAGGUACACCCUGUGUUAGCACUUCUUUUAUCUGUUGUUUGAAAUCCCCAGGGAACGUUUGGUCCACUGGUUUGAUCCCCUGUCCCCAGGGUGAGGUUUCGAAAUGACGCAAAGCGUAUUCUGUUGAAUGUGCUCUAAAUGAAUCUGCUUUUAAAAGUCUACCUACUAUUUAGUGCGUUUAAAUAUGGAUUUGCACUCUAAACAACCUAUACAAAACCCUCAUUGUCAUCUCCUUAGCAACUAGCAGCCUGCUGAACUCUGAAUGAGUGAGGUGUGGCUGUGUAGUGAUGCCUCACUCCAGUCCCUUAAAUGCUGAAGUCCUGCAGGUUUAGCCUGCAAUUUAAUUAGCACCUGUGUUAGACAUAAAGUACCAUGUGAUGUAAGUCACUAUGCUAGGAGUGACAGGUAAAGAUGGCGAAAACACACACGUCGUGCACCGUGCGCAAAUGAAAUCUGUGCGGCCAUAAUAAGUUCGUAUAUAUCGUAGCUGAAAUUACAGGACUUUUAUGAACUAUAUUUUUUGCUGCUAUAAUUACACAACCCCUCUGCCCCCUCCCUGCCCGAUUUAUCAAUAUUUAAUUUUUUUUUCAGUUGCCUCCAUCUGCUUCUCUCUGCGACCUCCCAAAGUCUGUUCCACAGUAAGGUUUAACUGAGUUAGCCAUUGGUCUUAUGUGGGGGUAGUGGUGUGUCGGAAAACUUACUGGUUCUUCAUCAGGGCAAAAUAUAAUCAAUGUAUUAAUUAUUAUUGCUCACAAUCAGUGAUGGUGCUGUCUAUUCAAAAAUGGGGACGUGCCCCAAAAUAAGCCAAGAGCACCCUCUAGUGGAGUCAAAAACAUAUAGCAAAUGGUUCACGAGGCAUCAUUUUGUCCGUCACUACCCACUAUCAAAUUUGUGGUAUGCAGCUCAUAGUAAUUUUAGGUAUCGUUUUACAUUAACUGCAUUUUCAUGAUAUAUUCAUAGAAGAUUCAUAAGCAGCAUAUGAGUAUACGUAAACAUCCUAACAUACCAUAACAGCCUAAAUAUACAUCAAUAACAAAUAUUAUAUGGUUAUACAGUUAUAUUUAUCAUAAUGUUUAUGUAUGCCUACUACAGCUGUUAGGGUAUGUUAGGAUGUUAAGGUAUACCUCCAUGCUGCCUAUGAAUGUUUUAUGUAGAUGCAGUGAAUGCUCUGCCAAAGCAUUAUUGAAGGCAUUAUUAAGAUGCAGUCAAUGUAAAUUGGUUUUAAGUAUUAUGAUGGAAGCAGUAAUGGACUGCAGAGUGGCAACUCAGUUGCUAAUUGCAUUUAUAAUUCAAAGUUAAUAUAAGCUAAAGGAAAACUUGCUGUGAUCAGGUUUAAACCUGUUAAAUGCUUCAUAUCGUCUUCCCUUUGGGGUGUUGCAUGUCAACAGUGGUGUUGAAUUAGAGAAUGCAGUUAAGGGGUUCUAAAUGGAGCGAAUGUGGAAUGUAACGCGGAUGAUGGAACGUAACCAUGAAAUAAACAAGGUGUGAUGUGCAGUUGUCACAGUUGGUUGUCUAUGCUGACCUGACGAAUGGCACCAGACGUUAUCGUGCGGUCACCUGUGCACGGAGGUCAGACCCGGUUGCUCGGAGGAGUUGUCAGCUUUCCAGGGCAUCAUGCAGAGUCGGGUGACGCUCAACCUUUGGAAAAUACCAGCUUGAACUGUAAGGGAUGCGUAAUUCUCUCAGGCAGCCAGAAUGUGUAGUAGCAGACAAGGCAUUUCAGUAGGGGUGCAUUUUCUUUCUGUUAGGCCUCUUAAAUGGCAAUGGCAGCAGUGCGGCUGCCUGCUUCAGGUUUCAGCAUUUGCUUGUUAGAAUCGUAUGACAUCGCCUAUAAAUAAAUGAGGAUCUCCUCGACACUGGUCACCGAAUGCAGGAGAGCCAUUAGCUGCGGGGAGCUGUUUGGGGUGUGUCGCUAUAUAGAGAUGCAUGAAUGAGGCAUUUACUGCUCCUCGGGACAAAAGAGAAGUUGGAACAGUUUUUGUUGUUAUUUCUAACCACAACCCCCAUCCAUCUCAACGUGCUAAGUUUGUCAGCCGCUUACACUCUAUCUCCACCUUCUGCGAUGGAUCGUUCUCCUUCCAGCUUGCUGCUUGAUAUCAUCAUCCCAUCCUUUUGACUACCAAAGGCUUGGUGACGGACUGUAUAUACCCUUGUUUCAGGAGCUCAACACGCUGUUUUUCCUGUGUAUUACACCUUUGAACCUGACCAGCUCUAAGCCAAACUUAUGGUAUAGAUCCUCGUAUUUGUCUUGUAUGUACCAGGCAUAUGAAUCUACACUUACCAGCUCUGAAAUGCACCAGAUUUCUUGUUUGCCUGCUUCUGUCCAAGAUGCCCUUUUUAGUGCUUCCAUUUGAGUUCUUUUAAGCAAUAGUCCAUUUCAUUAUCCAUUCCGACACUGUUUUUCCAGCUGUACAUACAUACCUUCUUUUUAUCUUAUCAAUGGUACUGGCCAAAUAUGCCUAAUAGCUGCUAAUUCCGUGUACGUUUAACUCUAAGGUCAGUUUAAAUUUCUGGAUAUUUUUUUCUGGCAUCUGGUAAUGCUGUUCAUUUUUAACACGAUGCAAGUGUAGGGAAUGACACGAGACCUUUAUUUUAAGCAUUUGCGUAUGCAAAAUUUGAUGGAGCUUUUAAUGAAGAACAUGUCUAUGGUUUUGUGUUCUGGGAAGUUGAUUCUCACUGUUGAACAGUCAUUACAGAUGUGUGUCUUUUAUAACAAUGUGGUUGUUUUGUCAGGUUGCCUGACAAUAUGAGAAGGAUGCUUGCAAAGUGCAGAGCCCGAUUGGAAUCUCACUGUUUCUACUGUGACUCUGUAAAUCUUGCGGGUUCAUCCUACUCUGACUACUCACUCUUUCCCGUCCUCCUGGAUUAGUUCUGCACCAUCUCAGAGGUGUUCUGUGGCAUCUGCUUGGCGUCUAACCUUGUUGUUUCCAACAGGGGUACAUUCCGCAUCGAGAGGACGGACGGCUCCCACUUUGACGUUCGUAUCCCUCCCUUCUCUCUUGAGAGCAACAAGGAUGAGAAGGCACCUCCUGCUGGAUAUAGCUGGUAGAACGUUUGGGCAGCAUUCUGCAGUCAGGCCCUGGUUUUUGUGGAAAUGUCCUCCUACCCUAAUUUUCCAUGCCUCCCCCCCCCCCCCCCCUCCACCCCAGAUGGUAGUUGCCUCUACAGUAUUUAUUUGUUCUGUACCUUUUAUGCUCUUGAGUGGAAAAUUUAAAAUGCAGUUUUGAGGAAGUAACUAUUCGGAGUCUUCAGAGUCCAUCACAGCCUCUACUUAGAUGUUUGAGGGGAGAUAUGAGUAGAAGAUAAAAAUGCAUAGUGCUGUAGAUAUUGUGGUUGGUGAGUGAGAAGGUUUGGGUGCACUUUUAAAUCCUUUAAUUUCAUUCGUAAUGUGAAUGAGUUUAACAACUACUGCUAUAGAUAAAAGAACUCGGAGUGUAAAUGUUCUACACAGCAUAAGGUUUCUUACCUGUGGCUUUUUCAUAUUGUUUAAAUAUGCUUCUGCCUUCAGCAGUGGUAUGGGAUUUUUGCACCUGUCGUCCCACCCUAUUUAAAAUGCUGUCUACAGCAUGUCAGUAGGCCGAGUGAAGAUGGUACAUCACAGAAGGUUGUGAUUGCUUGUUUACAGAUGAGCAGUGGUGAUAAAAGACGAUGUGGCUACACUCCAAGGGUCUCCCGACUGUCUCGGAUCAGAUGGGAUCUGCGCGAGACUGGUCAAAAGCCUGUGGUGUUUAGGGGUCAUGGGGGAGGCCGGGAGGCAAGCGUUGAUGUGAAACAUUUGUUGCCAUGACGACAGAACAGGUUCUCCAUCAACAGAAGUACCAGUUGUUUUCCCUGAUCUCUAGAGUACCCUUUACCAAAACAUUUCUUCCAGUGCUGCUCUGUUGUGUUCAUUACAAGAGGUGCACAUAUUUAAAGCCUUUUACUCUGUCCGAGGCUCAGUCUUGAGAUCCCCCUUUAGCUAAGUUAAGAAUAUUGCCAACCAUUAGGCAAAGUGAGCAAGUGGUUAGGGGCAGAGGGGGAUCGAUGACCUCAGAAACUGUCCCUCCUUUUUAUUCCUGUAUUUUUUUUUUUGCAACUGAGAGAGAUUGGUUUGCAGAUGGGUUUUUUUUUCUAUCAAACAAACUCAGCGCAACGAUGUUUCAUUUUUUACAUGCAGAGAAACGGUUUGUGGUGGUGUGUAGUUCCACGCUCAGUGUGGGAAUGUGGACGAGUGAUUCUCUGGCUGAUGGACACAUUUGUGAGGCACGAGAUUUACAACAUCGCAUUUACAAAACUGAAUCUGCAGCAGUGUAAACAGGAGAUUUUCUAGCUAGUUGCCCCUAGGGAGUGAGGCAGUAAUGUUCGUCUUGAUCACCUUGAUCGCAGGGCUUCCAUUUAAUUGUCGCUUGUACUGAAAGGCUCCAGUUCCAUGAGAUUAUGAGAAAGAAAGGAUCCGCAGUUCAGUUACUUUUGGAAUUAGUGCCAUAUCGUCAUCGCAUCAUAUUUGAUUGACCUAGAAAGUAUCCAAGUUGGAAGCCAAGUGGAACAUCCAUAGACACACUCAGUCCACACCAUCCCACAACUGUGCAGAAUAUCCCACUGUCAACUUUGACAGUUCCUUUUUUAUAAAUUGAGUAAAUGGUACCUAAAUGAGAGUGAAAUGUAAGCUUGUAUGACUGCGAUGUUGGUGAAAAUUGAUCUGCGAAUAAAGAUGUUGCAGCAAAAAAUAAACAUACUUUUGAAAGAAAA